CGGGGCGCGGGGGGCGGGGGCGGAGCGCGGCAGAACACGCCGAGCAGUUUUUGUUGGGGACCGUGGAUUUCCCUGUCACAGGAAGUUGGGCCUGGCCGCUGGCGUCGCCACGGCAGCUGUGCCUGGGAGGAAGGACGGAGGAAUGAGAAAACCGUGACGAUCCCCCGCCCCCCAGGUCACUGUCCCACCCCGUGAGUUGAAUGUAGCGGCCCUGGAACUGCUCCGCCGCCCUCACGGGUGGGACCGCUGGGUUUCCUUCGGGGAAACGAGGAGGAGCAAGACCCAGACUCCAGCGAGAGAGAACGGAGAGGCGGGAGACUGAGACAUCUCACAUCUAGGUUCUCCAGCAAUGGGAAAUCCAGAAAACAUUGAAGAGGCAUACGUUGCUGUUAUUCGUCCAAAGAAUACCGCCAGUCUCAACUCUCGUGAAUACAGAGCUAAGUCAUAUGAAAUUUUGUUGCAUGAAGUUCCCAUUGAAGGACAGAAAAAGAAGAGAAAGAAAGUUUUGCUGGAAACUAAACUUCAGGGCACCGGUGAAAUAACACAAGGCAUAUUGGAUUAUGUAGUAGAAACCACCAAACCAAUUUCUCCCGCAAACCAGGGUAUCAGAGGAAAACGAGUGGUACUAAUGAAGACAUUUCCUCUGGAUGGAGAGAAGAUGGGCAGAGAAGCAGCAUUAUUUAUUGUUCCAUCAGUUGUCAAAGAUAAUACUAAAUAUACGUAUACUCCAGGGUGCCCAAUUUUUUACUGCUUACAAGAUAUUAUGCGAGUCUGUAGUGAAUCCAGUACUCACUUUGCUACACUUACAGCAAGGAUGUUAAUAGCCUUGGAUAAGUGGUUAGAUGAACGUCAUGCACAAUCUCACUUUAUUCCGGCUUUAUUCCGACCAUCUCCUCUUGAGCGGAUAAAAACUAAUGUCAUAAACCCUGCUUAUACUACUGAAUCAGGUCAGACAGAAAACUCCCCACUACAUAUGGGCUAUAGUGCAUUAGAAAUAAAGAGUAAAAUGUUAGCCCUGGAGAAAGCAGAUACCUGUAUUUACAACCCUUUGUUUGGAUCAGAUCUUCAGUAUACAAACCGGGUAGAUAAAGUGGUAAUAAACCCGUACUUUGGUCUAGGAGCUCCAGACUACUCAAAAAUUCAAAUUCCCAAACAGGAAAAAUGGCAGAGAAGCAUGAGCAGUGUCACAGAAGACAAGGAACGACAGUGGGUAGAUGACUUUCCGCUCCAUCGAAGUGCCUGUGAAGGAGAUUCAGAAUUACUAAGCCGGCUUCUCAAUGAAAGAUUUUCAGUCAACCAAUUAGAUAGUGACCACUGGGCUCCUAUUCAUUAUGCAUGCUGGUAUGGAAAAGUUGAAGCCACUCGCAUAUUAUUAGAGAAAGGAAAGUGCAAUCCAAAUCUUUUAAAUGGACAGCUUAGUUCUCCUCUUCACUUUGCUGCUGGAGGAGGACAUGCUGAAAUAGUACAGAUUCUUCUAAACCAUCCAGAAGUUGACAGACACAUAACAGACCAACAAGGAAGAUCCCCAUUGAAUAUUUGUGAAGAAAACAAACAAAAUAACUGGGAAGAAACUGUAAAACUGUUGAAGGAAGCCAUUAAUAAACCAUAUGAAAAAGUUCGAAUAUACAGAAUGGAUGGAUCAUACCGUUCUGUUGAGCUGAAACAUGGAAAUAAUACGACAGUUCAGCAGAUUAUGGAAGGAAUGCGUCUUUCUCAAGAAACACAACAAUAUUUUACUAUUUGGAUCUGUUCAGAAAACCUUAGCCUUCAGCUGAAGCCUUAUCAUAAACCCUUGCAACAUGUUCGUGACUGGCCGGAAAUACUUGCCGAAUUGACAAAUUUGGAUCCCCAAAGGGAAACACCACAGCUUUUCCUAAGAAGAGAUGUGCGACUUCCCUUAGAAGUUGAAAAAAAGAUAGAAGACCCACUAGCGAUUCUUAUUCUCUUUGAUGAAGCUAGAUAUAAUUUAUUGAAGGGCUUUUAUACAGCUCCUGAUGCUAAACUGAUAACACUGGCAAGCCUACUGUUACAAAUAGUUUAUGGAAAUUAUGAGAGUAAGAAACACAAGCAAGGUUUCCUAAAUGAAGAAAAUCUAAAAUCCAUCGUACCCAUCACUAAAUUGAAAAGUAAGGCACCUCACUGGACAAACCGAAUACUUCAUGAAUAUAAGAAUCUUAGUACAAGUGAAGGUGUCAGUAAAGAAAUGCAUCAUCUUCAACGCAUGUUCUUACAGAACUGUUGGGAAAUUCCUACAUAUGGAGCAGCAUUUUUUACAGGACAGAUAUUUACAAAGGCAAGCCCUAGCAAUCAUAAAGUCAUUCCUGUGUACGUAGGAGUGAAUAUAAAAGGACUUCAUCUCCUCAACAUGGAAACUAAGGCUUUACUCAUCAGUCUUAAGUAUGGUUGUUUUAUGUGGCAAUUGGGAGAUGCCGAUACAUGUUUUCAGAUCCAUAGUAUGGAAAAUAAGAUGAGCUUUAUAGUACACACAAAACAGGCUGGUCUCGUGGUAAAACUGUUAAUGAAGCUAAAUGGACAGUUAAUGCCCACCGAAAGAAAUUUAUGAAAGGAAAAAAGCUGAUACUUAAGCCGCCAUAUUUUGUGAUGCAGAUUUUUUUCCAUGAAAGAUUUCUUAAUAUAUUGCUUUUAACAAGACAUUUAAUUUCUUGUAAAAUAUAUGUAUACUGUUACAUUGUACAGAAUCUGUACUUAUGUUUGGUGUGUAAUAUACCAAUUAGUUUUAUAUAAUAUCCUUAUAAGCUAGUCUGACUUUUGAGAGAAACACAAAAAAGUGUAGAUUGAUAGCCUAUAUAAUCUUAGACAAAAUAAUAAGCUUUAUAAACAGCUAUUUUCAGUAAAUAGUAAAGAUUUUGGAGUGGAAUACAAUAAAAUGAAAAUAAGCUUUUGGUAUAA